UGGAUCCCAGCGGCUCCUCUUUGCUGUCUCGCUGAACAUGGAUGCCAACAUUGUUGUUAUGGGGACAGAAAGCGUCGGGAAAUCAGCUCUGACUGUGCGCCUCUUAACUCGACGCUUCAUCGGAGAGUAUGGAGAUAUUGAAUCCAUCUACAGUCACAGUUUUAUGGUCGAUGGGAGGGAAAUCACUCUCAACAUCUGGGACUCACCUUAUUCUGGGGAUUUGUCUGAGGAGACGUCACUCUUUAAGAAGAAGGUCCAGUGGGCAGAUGGCUACGUCCUCGUCUACAGCAUCUGCGACAGGGCCAGUUUCAAUGCCGUCAGCAGGCUCAUUCAGACUAUCAAGUCCACUAAAGACUACCUGAACACAGACAAAGCGCCCAUAGUGAUUGUGGGCAACAAGAGGGACCUGCACCACAGGCGGACAGUGCUGAGCGAGGAGGGCCGGCUGCUGGCUCUCAACACGGACUGCCACUUCUAUGAGGUGUCGGCUGCCGAGAACUACCACAGCGUGCUCGUGGUGUUUCACGGGCUGGUGGACAGGUUGAAGGAUGCCAAGGUGACAACAAAGAGGCCUCUGGGGUUCAGGGGCAUAGUGAAAAGCAUGUCUGCGGUGUUUGCCCGGAGACGGACAGACUCCUUGUAGUAAGACUGUGUCAGAAGAGGGGGACGUUUCUAUUACACAUUAUUGACUGGAUGGAUAUCACAGUCUAUCAGUGAUAUAUCAUCGUGCUGUGCUGGAGGUUAUAAUGAAGUCUCCUGGGGCAGAGAUGGGAACUGUUUUCACCAAGAAGUGUGGAAAGACUCCACAGAAGAGACAAGCCAUUAAGCUUCAGAAAACAUGGAGACAAAAUGUCACAGAUGCUUUUUGGUGGCAGGUUUUGAGGUUAGCUGCCCUUCAAGCAACAUGAGACUCUCUCUUAUAGAUACUUGACAUGUAAUAUGUUCUUGUAUGCAACAAGGUAUGCAACAUGUUUAAACUGUGGCUUCAGAUUGGGAGAAACUCUAUGCAUAAAUUAAAUUUGCCUUUACUCAAAAUGAUGACCAAAGACUUAAAAAGCUCUUAAAUUUACAAGUGAAACUUUUGUAUCACUGGAUAAAGUGACCAAAAAGUGUCCUGCUUAAUUAUGUGAUUAAUUCUUGAAAAUAAAACAUACAUAUUUAUAUUUAUUCAAGUCUGAACACUGUAAAGUAAAAUAACAAACUGUUUUCUAUAUUUAUGAGCCCUCUCAUGUUGAAUUCAUGAAUUUUGCGUCACUUACUGAAAUGUCUUGUUUGUCUAAACCUUGUUUUAUGACUUCCAAGGAUUGAAAUAAAGCAGAAAAUGUGA